AUGCAGCGCGACUCGCUGAUGCGGCGGAACGAUAUACGGGAGGACCAGGAACCUGGUGAGGCUGCCCGUGGUUUCUGUCGCAGGUGCGGGUCGACGCAUAGGUUGGAGCGCUCUCAACGCGCUGAAUCCGAGGCGAAGGGGCUCGUGGAGCGUAUUCGCGCCGCGGGGCGACUAGACUUCGACGCUGCCGUCCCGGACCCUCGUUUCGCCGUCGAGCGAAUGUAUGAGCAGGGCGGCGGGAAGAUGCUCGGGGUGCUCCUCGCGGCUUCGCCUUCGGGAGUUCCGUGCGGCGAAGGGGACGGGGACGAUGUCGUCGUGAUCAAGGCAUUCUCCGGUCAGCUGUACGGCGAGUGGACGGUUCAAGGCUGGGCUCCUCCUCUGUGCGGGCUGACCCACGACCACCCGCACUAUGAGAAGGAGCACGCGAGGAUAAAGGCUCGCGUGGACGCGGCUGGGGAGAUGAAGCUCGCGGUGGAAGAGUUGGAAAGAGAGAUGAAGGUCAGGACGAAGAGAUGGGACGAUGAUAUCAAGGCGGCAGCUUCACGGCUCAGAGAGGAGCGCGAGAGGCGACGGGCGACGCGCGCGGCUCUGAGGGAUGCCGGGGACGCCGCCGCGGAGGUUGUCGAGGAGGAGCUAGCAGAGGAGAGUCGACGCGGGAAGAGGGAACUCGCCAGACUGCGCGAGGGACGCUCGGCGGACGUGGGUGACAUCGAAGUGGCGCUGGUAACGGCGCGUCGAGAAAUGAAGGAAUUGAGGGACGAGCAUCGCUCAAUGUCGCACGUGCUCCUCGGACAGAUAUUUGAUUCUUACAGGCUGCCGAACUUUCGUGAGGACGGUGGCUUCGGCCAUAGACACAGUGAAGGGAGAGUGGCGGAGGCUGCUGACGACUUCAGCGGAGGGAUGUCGGGCGCAACAUUACAAGAGGCGUUCGUGUCUGAUGAACAUCAAGAAAUCUCUAAUGCCGUGGCUAACCUUCCGUGUGGCUGCGGAGACUGCUGCGCGCCAAAGUUGCUCGCAGAGGCAUCACGGAGAGGUCUUGUACCCCUGUCCAUUGCCGAGGUGUGGAUGGGAGUUCCUACGGCGAAGGAAGGGUAUCGGCAAGAGGGGAGCUUCUAUGGUGCAUGCCGUGGGAGAUGCCGUCCGAUUCUUGGACACAUGCUCUGCGGAGCAGACAAACUCAGACCUCGUCUUAUUGAUCCAUCAGCAGACGCGACAGAAAAUUUUAAUAUUAUGCUAGGCUAA